AUGAGCAGCAACAACGGGGAGAGCAGGGAGUCACUAGAUCUCCUGGCCUCGGCCGCCGAGCAGUCGUCGCCCCAGUCGCGCAUCAAGAGGAACACGGCCUGCGUCUCAUGUCGCGACUCCAAAGUGCGAUGCAACGCCAGCGCCGUCCACGGCCAGCCCUGCCAGCGCUGUGCCAAGCUCAGCCUGCCCUGCGUCGUCGACAAGUCCCACAAGCGCGUCAGCAAGAGGAGCAGGUUCGAGGAGCUCGUCCAGGAGGUCCAGAACAUCAAGCAGGCUCAGCAGAUGCCUCUACCCUCGAUUCCACAGACCAACCACCUCCUCCAUCCUCAGCAGCAGCAGCAGCAGCAGCAGCAUUCACCGCCUGCGCCGCCAGCAACCGGAACACGCCUCUACCCUACAGUCGCCUUCUCGCCCAAUGCGACCCCGAUGUCGAGCAUCUCCUCCUUUAGCGGCCCUGCGCCGCCGAGGGGUGGGCUCGGUGAUGCCUCCUCCGUCCCCUCGCUCACGCCAGGAGACCAGAUGACGACGCCCUCCACCACGACCAGUACCAGUCGUCCCGCACAGCCGCGCGCCCUCAAGUCGCGCGUCUUUGCCGGCCAAGACAUUGAUGUCUACUUCGACAAGUACUUCAAGGACUUCCACCCUUACCUCCCUAUCGUCCGUAUGCGUGAGCCAGACGCCAUCUACAAUGCAGGGCCGGUCCUGUUUUGGGUCAUUAUGGUGACGGCCUGCCGGCGGUUGCCUCAUGACGGUGGGGUCUUUGACUUUCUGAUCGACUCCAUCAAGUCUGAGGUCUGGGAUGCUGUGUCGGACCCGCCAAUGUCGCUGGCUACCAUCAACGCGAUGCUCAUCCUGAGCGCGUGGCCGCUGCCCACCAUUCGCUUCAUGAAAGACCCGUCACCCAUCUACACCUCCAUGCUCAUGAACAGCUGCUACCUACUGGGGAUCCAGACCGGCCGGGGCGAUAUUCCCACGCUUCUCUAUCCAGUAUACCGCCUUGCCGUGUCUAAUGAGGAGGCCGUCUACACCUGGCUUGGCUACAAUAUUGUUUCUCAGCGCAUCUCGACCUAUAGCGGCACCCCGAGCACGGGACAGUUCUUCAACCGGACCAUCGAGAGCGUCUUGGACCGCACCAGUUCCUUCAAGAUCCCAACUUACUUUUACGUGCAACUCGAGAGCGCCGCCUUUCUUAAUCGGCUGAGUAGGGUGAUGUCUGCCACCCUCGAGGAAGAGCGGGGCGUGUCGCAUCACAUCGUAGACCAACUCUCGGAUGACUUUACCAAGGUGCAGAGGCUGAUGUCUUCUGCAGAUGUCGACCACUUCACAAUCCUCUCGACCCUCCUCGAGGUCCAGAUAUACUAUUUCGUGCCCACGCCCAACUUCAGCCUUGAGAUUUACAGGCGCAACACCCUCCGCUGCUGCACCACCGCCCACUUGCUCGUCCAGCUCGCCCUGAAGCUCCAGGCCGAGAUCAACUUUCUCUCCCACGCGCCGCACUUUGUCUGCCGUACUCUCCUCACCGCGGGCUGCGUCCUCAUCUCAGCCCUCGUAUCCCCGACCCUGCGCGAUGCCGUCGAGACCUACAUCCGCCAGCUCGACGGCGUGACCACUCCGGACAUGGUCGUCCUGGACGCCGUGGCCAGCAUCCGCCACUGCUCCGUCCAGGAGGCCGACCUGCCCCUCCGCUGCUCCAAGAUGAUGGAGAGCGCCUGGAACGUCCGCAACGUCCUCCCCGCCACCGAGAUCUCCCAGCUCGGCGACCCCCAGUACAGCCACCGCAUGGGCAUGGGCCUCCCCCUCGACUGUAUCCGCCGCUGGAAGCGCCAGAUGGAGCAGAUCCGCCCUGAGAAGCUGACCCCGCAGCCCCCCGGCGCUGGUGGUGGCGCCGACAUUGCCGGGGCUGGUGGUGGCGUCGCGGCUGGUUCCUCGGCCGUUGUCCCUGAUCUUACUGCCAUGAUCGACUGGGAUGCAUUUAUGAAGGACUUUGACUGGAAUUUUGAUCCCAGCCUGAUCGAGACUGUUGUUACUUGA